GAACGCACUCCGAGGUACGUAUACAGGGUUCACAGGAGUCACCUGACGCACGUGCGGCGCGCGCACGCCGCUCUCAACGUGGCGUGCGACGUGUGCGGAGAGACAUUCGUAGGGGACAAAGGGCUCAAGCUACACAAGAAACGAACGCACUCCGAGAACAUGCCACUAAGGCUCAAAUGCAGUAUCUGCUCAGCUAACUUCUAUAGCGUAGAGGCGCUGAACAGACACACAGACACGGCCGCCGAGCACGGCGACCUGCGGCCGUGCGAGCAGUGCGGCGAGAACUGUGCGAGCGAGGACGCGCUACACAAGCAUGUGGGGAAGAUGCAUCCGUCUGAAUUACGUCGGUGUGAAGAGUGCGGGAUGACGUUUCCCUCUGCGGCCUCCUAUGAUACCCACCACCGACGCAAACACCUCCAGCGCUACAAGGACGGGCGGAAUGUUCCCCGCAAACGUCGUGUUCCUCGCGCCCCGCCCCCCCGCGGGCAGUUCGUGUGCGAGCAGUGCGGCCGUAUACUACCGAACGCGACGCUGCUGCGUUACCACCAGCGCACGCACCAGGACGUGAAGCCGUACGCCUGCACCGAGUGCCCGAAAACCUUCGCUUUGAAAUCCUCCUUAAACUUCCACAUGAGGUCACACACCGGUGAGAGGCCGUUCCAGUGCCCGCUGUGCCCGCUCGCCUUCACCGUGAAGGCCAACCUCAACAGACACCACAGAACAGCGCACCUGAAGCUGCACCCCCGCAUCCCGUGCUCGAUCUGCGGCCGCGUGUUCACCACCAACUCGUGCGUGCGCGUGCACAUCAACACCGUGCACCACGGCCAGCCCGGGCCCAAGCGGGACCGGCGCAAGCGCAAGAAACCGGACUCGCCCUGUACCAUAUCUAGUCUGACACAAUAAUAUUAAUAAAAUAAAUGUUGACAGAAAAUAAUUGGUUUAUUUCCUAC